ACAGUUGUGAUGUGUCAAAAUCAAAAUUUUCUUCAAGUGUAAACAGCAAAAUGAUUUCGGAAACAGACGAAGAACCGAUGGAUUUGUCGAUUCCUGGCCGACCCAGCCAGAACCUGGACAUUCCAGCUCGCCGGCGAUGUUUAUUUGUGAUCUACACCUCAACCACUCCGGGCAUCGCCACAACAGCACCAGCGUAUCGCUCGACGGCUGGAGCAGGAUCUGCCACGUUCUCGAGUGGCGUCGGCUAUUCCGACACGAUCUUCACCACGCCCACUCCGGGCAUCGCCACACCAGCUCGCCCUCUUGGCACAGCGUCGAAUCGCUCGACGGGUGGAGUAGGAGGAUCGUUCUCGGAUGACACCAACGCGGCCGCUACAAGUUUCGAGCAAUCGACUAAUCAACGUUGGGAGGAGGAAGAGAUCAGAAUGGACGAUUUUUGUUUUGAGUCAAUGCCCCCUCUUCAGGACAUCACUAACAAACGCCGUAUGAGUAUUAGUCACUUUUUACACACUCCGCCAACUCCUAAACGAAAAUCAAACCACAUUAAUUACAAGAUAAAGACGCAACCGAUCCUUACAGCUGAUGAAAGGCUGGCCGAACUACGCCAGGCUGAUGAACUGAAGGUGCAGAAGAAGCAAGAACAACAAGAAAAAGCCAAAAAAAGGGAGGAGGCAAGAUUAGCAAAGCAGGCUGAGAAGGAAGCACGUGAAGCGGAGAGGAAAAGGAAACGUGAAGAGAAUGCGAGCAAGAAGCUACUUCAGGAAGGUAUGAAACAACGUAAAGCUGACGAAAAACGAGCAAAGGAAGCGGCUAAGAGGAAGGCCAGAGAAGUGCCAGCCGAGCUGUCUUAUCGCUCGACGGCUGGAGCAGGAUCUGCCACGUUCUCGGGUGGCGUCGACUUGUCCGACACGAUGUUCACCUUGAUCACUCCGGGCAUCGCCACACCAGCUCGCCCUCUUGACACAACGUCGUCUUAUCACGCUGCGGGCGGAGUAGAAUCUCCCACGUUCUUGGAGGGCGUCAACAUGGCCGACAUCAGCGUCAACAGUACUCGCAACUCGGUCACUCCGGGCAUCGCCAAACCAGCUUACCCGCUUGAUACAACAUCGUCGUAUCGUUCGACGCUCAUGAUCGGUAUGGAUGACGCAACAUUGGCCAAACAAGCAGAGAAGGAAGCGGGGAGAAAAAGGAAACGCGAUGAAAAAGCGAGUUGGGGAGAACUUCAGCAAAGGUUGAAGGAACGGAAAAUAGAAGAGAAACGAGAAAAGGAAACGGCUAAGAGAAAGGCCGCAGAAGCUCCAACGGAAAUAUAUGUUAAACUGAGAUAACAACUGACAUCAUAAUUCAUACUCCAUGAUUUGGAUAACAAACAUCGAAUUUGCAGCUAUAAUAAAUCGUAAAUUUGCAAUUUAAUAACAGUAUAAAAAUAAACAAUUUA